GGUAUAUAGACAGUCAAGCGCCAUGCUAAAAAAGUAUCAAAUCUUCGUCACUUCCGGGCCUAUCACAGGUGAUUAGAAAAAGGUUGGGAAAGUGAAACUGUUGGAAGCUGCUGUUGACAGCUGUGACGAAGUUGAUGAGAUGGCUUUAACGCAUUAUAGACAGUCAAGCUAAUAGAAAAAAAAAACAAGAGCGGGAGAAGCCAUGGCCUGUGCCCGAGUGCCACUGGAUGAGCAGCAGGUGACUGAGCCGGGCCCGCUGGGAAAAGAGCACACACUGCCUGCACUGCACCCAACCAGGAAGGAGGAUCGCUGUUUUGUGCCUUACAAGUCCCCGCCAGAAGACGGCUCUCCCGCUGAGGUGGAGGAGUUUAUGGAACAUGCCAAAUUCAUCGUAGAGGACCUGGAGUGGCUGCUCACACUGCCCCAUGACAAGUUCUGGUGUCAGGUCGUCUUUGAUGAUUCUCUGCAGAGGUGCCUCGAUUCCUACCUGCGUCAAGCUCCUCGAGGCCUGGACCUCGCCUCCCUGCCCUCCUCCCCGGCGGUGGCCGACAUGCAGCGCUCCGUUCACAGGGCGGUCUUCCUGACCUUCCUCAGGAUGGCUACACAUAAAGAGUCCAAGGAGAACUUCCUCACUCCGGCUGUGUUUGGAGAAAUUAUCUAUGAGAACUUCCUGUUUGACAUUCCCAAAAUUCUGGAUUUAUGUGUGCUCUUUGGAAAGGGCAACAGUCAGCUGCUGCACAAGAUGCUUGAGAACAUUUUUACCCAGCAGCCAUCUUACUACAGCGACCUAGAUGAGACGGUGCCCACUGUGUUACAGGUGUUCGACACCAUCCUGGGUAAGUGUGGUCUCCACAGUGAGGGAGCCACAGCCAUGGAGCCGAUGAAGCUGAACGCACACAAACAGCCCACUGCCAUGGCCAUGAGCCAGCAGGAUCUUGUAGAUCUUAUUCUGUACCUGUGUGACUCGACCACCACCAUCCAUGCCUUCCUGGAUAUCUUCCCUGCCGCCUGCUCCAGCUUCCACUCCCAUGGCUUCCUCAGCAGACUGACCUCGUUUUAUGAGACCGCUGUGCCUGACCUCGAGAAGGCGGUGAGGAAGAGAAACUUUGAUGAUAAAGGUCUUCAGCAGGAUUUGUGGAAGAGGUUGUCCCACUCCUGUCGUAAGAUGGUGGAGACGGCUCACCUGCUGCUGCAUCACACCUGCCUACAGCCGAUCCUAGAGGGGGGAGAGAACAUGCAAACAUUUGCAGAGGAGCUACUUCAACAUUUCACAUCUUUUUUACCUGAGAAAAGGUUCUUGUCAGACUAUGAUGAGCAGUUCCCCAUUGCAGAUGACAUCAGCCUGCUACAACAGGCCCUCCCUCUCAUUGAUGAGACCCGGAUGUCCUACCUGCUCCAGGGGGUGGAGAGUGCCUGGGACUCUGUGGGCCGACGGAGACCACACAGCCAGGCUCGGCAUCAGGGAGCAGCGGGUGGUGCUGGUGCCGCCUCAACUGGCUUUAAAUUUCAGGAGGCUCGAGAACUAGAAGGAGGAGAGGGCCUGAGGGGAGCAGACGCCAUGUUGGAUGUUCCCGGAAAAGGAAACCAUGUGCAGGGUGUGGUGAGCGAGGGGGAGCUAGAGUCUCUGUUGACGUGUAUCAGGGACCUACUGCCUGAUUUGGGCGAAGGUUUUCUGCUGGCCUGUCUACACGAGUACGACUACAACUCUGAGCUGGUUAUCAACAACAUCCUGGAGGACCGUCUGGCCCCCAACCUGGACAAACUGGACCGAGCCAUGCCAAGGCCAGUGAAGGAGGUGCUUCCAGAUGUUUUGGACGUCAGAUCCAACGUGUUUGAUGAUGAUGAGUUUGAUAUUUUCCGCAGAGACCAAGUGGACAUGUCCCGCAUAUGGAAAGGCAGGAGGAAAGGUGAGAGCGUUCGAGAGAUGCUGAACGACAAGAAGCACAUAGCAGAGCAGAAAUCUCGUUAUCAGGCGUACGAGACGGUGGUAGACGAGGUUGUCAUCCAACCCGGGGAAAGUGCAGAAACCUACGGCCUCGACGACGACUACGACGACGAGUACGACGACACCUACGACAUGGGCCAAGUGGGAGCUAAUGACCUGGAUGGAGACAGUUUACUGAACAGAAGGCCUUUCACAAUCCCACAGAUACUGAGAAAAGGAAACAAACCAGAAUUGGAAGAAGAGGGGGAAGAUGAAGAGGAGGAAGAGACCCUACAGAACAAUGUAAACAGGGACCAGUUUGUGCAGGACCCGGCUCUGCUGAGAGAGAGGGCUGAAGCUAGAAGAGCUGCCAUGCAUCAACGGAAAGGUUUCCGACCGGAGCAGCGUCCCAAUAAUGUGGUGGGCCAAGCCAAAGGCCAAGGACAAACCCAGGAGACGUUAAUAGACCGACGCAAGAAGGAGGCCAACAAGAGCCGCGGGGCAAAUCACAACCGCCGCAACAUGGCUGACCGCAAGAGGAACAAAGGCAUGAUCCCCUCCUGACCCGUGUAACGGACUGCUGCUCGAACCAAAACAGAUGGGAGGAAGGUGGCUGAGGUGUGAGCCAGUUUUGUUCUGGGUUAAAUUUGGUGCCCAUAUCCCCACUAUCACACCUCAGCCCAAAAGUUACUGUCUUUGUUCGAAGGAAAAGCCACAACAGGUUUUAAGUUGUUGGUGAAAAGUUGCAUUAGUUUACAGACUCCUAGGCGGGGCUUUUGUGAUCUGAAGUGACAUGUUUGAGACGGUCAACAUCUGCGUUUAGGGUUUGAGUUUGAGCCUAAAGGACAUUCAGCUCUUUAGCCCAAAGGGGUUUCUUUUAUCUCAUUGGAAACCAAAGUCCUGAGGGUGAGCCAGAGACUGAGGGCAAAGAAUAAGACCUUUUUAUUUUUGCCAAGUAACAAAUUUUUUAUUGUUACGAUCCAGAGUGAUUGAAUUACAAUUCUUUGACAUCAUCAUCAUCAAAUAGAGAACAUAGGAAUAAAAGGAAGCAACAUCUAGAGUUUGGGAGAAGUUGUGGUUCCUUCUGUAGCUGGAAGAACAAUUACUGACGUCUGGACGUCAGUGGCAGACUGCGUUGCUCUUACUACUCAUCCUGUAUGAGUAGCUUGAGUGAAAGCCACUUGCAUGCAACGUUCAAGUCCAUGCUUGUGAUGUCAUCCACCCAGUUCACACCACUGUCGUCCAGACUUUGUAAAAAAAGAAAAAAGAAAUCAACUCAUAAUCAUGCUGUCGUGUUUGGAAGCACGUGCUAUACAGAGGCGCCUCAUGUCUCUGACUAGCUGUGGAGAAACCUCCGACAUGUUGCCAUGCACAGACUAUUUUCUAUGAAGAGAACACAUCUAUUAGAGCAUUUUGUAACAAAAAAAGCACGUUAUUGGUUUUUGGAGUUUACAUUGCAAAAAAACCUAAAUAAAUACAACAAUA